AUGAUUAGGUGGAAGAAACCUAUUCAACGAUCAAAAAAAGAACAGAGAAAGUCAAUCUAUUCCUACAUUGUUAAUGAGGUGAAGCCUGUGCUCACCGAACUUGGAAUCCCUACUCCAGAGGAGCUAGGCUAUGAUAAACCAGAAUUCUUCAUUACUCAGCCUGACGUUUGGUGGGAGAAGAAUGGUGUGCUGAGUAUGGAUACGACAAGAAGCUUGUCUUCUAAUAUUGAAGUAGUGUAG